AGGAAACAUUGGUAGUAGUCUUCCUCUAAACUUUGUCGUCAGAUCUUGCUCUCCCCGACGGCUUAUUGUCAAACUUGCAAGUCUUGAUGAAAAUGUCGAUACCUACGAAAACGCUUAACGACGGAACUUCGAUCCCUGUUGUGGGGUAUGGAAUCGGAACCGUAAACUAUCGUAAAGAAUGUACCGAGCAGAUCGUCUCUGCCCUCAAGACAGGAUAUAGGUACCUUGAUGCUGCGGAAAUGUACGGUAAUUCCGCUAGUAUCAAGGAUGCUCUUGAGGAAUGGGGUGGGAAAAGGGAAGAUGUGUAUAUUUUGACCAAGUUCGGAGCCGAUGAUGGAACCAACGACCCUCGUGGCGUUCUCACAUCUCAACUCAAAGACAUGGGUUUAGAUUAUGUUGAUAUGUACUUGAUUCAUUCACCAUUCUAUGGUCAAGCUAACGGUCGUACCUUGGGUGAAACCUGGAAGUUGAUGGAAGAACUUCAGAAAGAAGGUCUCACCAAGUCGAUCGGUGUGAGUAACUAUCGUCCGGAAGAUAUCAAAGAGAUGGAAUCGAAUUGGACUAUUCCACCAGCUACCAAUCAGAUCGAAUAUCAUCCGUAUGUCGCACAUGAACCCAGGAUGAAAGCUCUCAAAGAAAUCUGCGAUAAACAUAAGAUCACCAUUAUGGCCUACGGUGGACUGGCUCCUCUGACCCGUGGAACCGGACCCCCUCUGGAAGAUGUGGUCAAUGGUAUAGCUUCGGAAACAAGCUUGACCCCGGGUCAAGUGUUAUUGAAAUGGGCAUUUCAAUCUUCUGGCGGUGUCAGUGUUACCACUUCGACCAAUCCUCAGAGACAGAACGAACAACUCGAAGCGUUCAUCCUACCCCCUCUUACCGAGGAACAAGUACAGACGAUUGCUAACGCUGGGGAAGGAAGAGUCUUCCGUCACUUUAUGAGACCUGUUUGGGAGGCUGUACCAUGAAGAAAGUGAGUGAUAAAAGUGAUAGAAGAGAUCGAUACGGAAUACGUCAUAAGAGAAUUCUACAUGACUGCGGAUGGAAGUGAAAUUGGUAUGACCGAGAUGCGUGUGAUUUGUAUGGAAAAUUGCUGGUACCUCCUGAUAGACAUGACUCUUGUUAGUAUGAUGCUCCUCACCAAUC